AUGGGAAGGGAAUUCCUCGCUGACACCUUGGUCGAUGCGCCAACAGAUGGAUACGUGCGCAUCUGGUCGACCGAGGCCAUUUACAAUACCGGCGAUGCGGAGUUCGCCAACAAACCGAAGCAGCUUGCGUCGAUGAGCAACCACUCCGGGACGAUUCAUACUGUUCGCUUUUCGCCUAAUGGCAGAUAUCUCGCGUCCGGGGCGGAUGAUAAGAUUGUUUGUGUUUAUAUGCUUGAUUCGAAUCCUCCUACACACUCGUCCACGUUCGGCACGGAUGAAGCACCCCCCGUUGAGAACUGGCGCACAAUCCGGCGGUUGAUCGGCCAUGAUAAUGAUGUCCAGGAUCUGGGAUGGUCGUUCGAUUCGUCGAUCCUGGUCUCUGUCGGGCUGGACUCGAAAGUGGUGGUGUGGUCUGGACAUACCUUUGAAAAGCUGAAGACAAUAUCGGUCCACCAGAGCCAUGUCAAGGGCAUUACCUUUGACCCGGCCAAUAAGUACUUUGCUACGGCAAGCGACGAUCGAACCGUUCGCGUUUUUCGAUUCACUUCUCCCGCCCCGAACUCGACCGCGCACGACCAAAUGAACAACUUCGUUCUGGAGCAUACCAUCUCUGCUCCGUUCGCCAAUUCGCCCUUGACCGCUUACUUCCGUCGUUGCUCAUGGUCGCCGGACGGUAUGCAUAUUGCGGCUGCGAAUGCCGUGAAUGGUCCUGUCAGUUCCGUUGCCAUUAUCAACCGUGGCUCGUGGGAUGGCGACAUCAACCUCAUCGGACAUGAAGCGCCAGUCGAGGUCUGCGCUUUCUCUCCGCGAUUGUACUCUACCGAACCGAUCAAUAAAUCGCAGCCCAAUAGUGCGGGCCAGCAUCACAUAACCGUGAUUGCCUGCGCUGGCGCAGACAAGUCCCUCAGUAUCUGGAUCACAAGCAACGCGUGGCCCAUCGUGGUGGCCCAGGAGAUGGCGGCCAAGUCUAUCUCGGACCUCGCCUGGAGCCCCGAUGGAUCCUGCAUGUAUGCCACGGCACUAGAUGGCACUAUUGUUGCAGUCCAGUUUGAGGAUGGCGAGCUGGGAUAUGCUACCGAGAUGGAAGAAAACGAGAAGUCACUUACCAAGUUCGGAACGAAUCGAAAAGGUGCUGGCAUUACGGAGACUACCGACGGUUUGCUGCUGGAAGAAAAGAGCAAGGCCGGCGAGAUCAAGGGCGUUGAGGGCCGGAUGGGUGCGUUGAUGGGCGACGGCCACGACGUGACGGAAUCCGCUGCCAACGGAAAGCCUGCUCCGGCGCCCUCAAACGGCGUGACUCCUGCUCGAGGCCCUUCACCAGCCCCCGAGCCUGCGAAAGCGCAGACCAAUGGCACGCCUUCGACUCCUGCUGCCGGCGAAUCCGAGAAGCCUGAUCCUUACCAGGCCAAGCUGGAGAAGCUCAAGCAGCGCCCGACAUACACAAAAGAAGGCAAGAAGCGUAUCGCACCCUUGCUGGUGUCAGGCGCAGGCGGCGGGGAGUCGUCCCUCCCGCAGGCUCGGCUGAUGGCUUCAGUCAGCAACCAGGUGAAGGGGGGCUUGACCGCGCUUCUUCUCGGCAACAAGCGCAAGUUGGCUCAAAUCGAGGGCGAUGAAGAUAAUCAGGUGGAGAAGCGCGUGGCGCAGGCUAGCCAAAACGGCGCGACUCCGAUUAUGGCCAACACCCUUGAUGGGCUUCUUCCUGCUCAGGUGCAGCCCGGCGCGACUGGUCAACAACCAACCCCGGAGUUUAUUCGGCCUGCGGUCACAAAUCCUUGUAUGUCUGUCAGCCAGCUUCGUCUGGCUGUUCCCAAGAUUCGCAGCCAGAUUGUGCGCGCUCUGGACCUCAAUGGGAAACCGACUGAGCCACCUGCUCCUAGCGGAGAGUCGAGCAGCAAGGGCCGCGUGGAUGUGGUGUUUGAAGCUCGCAAUCCCUCGCCGGCUAGUUUGACUGGUCGGGCCGUGGACCGGGAGCCGGUGCGUCUGACAUUGUUCCGUGGCGAGCAGCCGUUAUGGCAGGAUUUCCUUCCGCGUAACGUACUUCUCGUGACAGGGAACCAGGCCAUGUGGGCUGCGGCUUGUGAGGAUGGGUCGCUCUACAUCUGGACGCCAGCAGGUCGUCGGCUCGUGAGCGCGCUGGUCCUGGAAGCGCAGCCCGUGAUUCUGGAGUGCAAUGGUCCAUGGAUCUUGUGUAUCUCAGCCGUGGGUAUGUGCUAUGUCUGGAACGUGAAGCACCUCUCAUCGCCGCACCCGCCGGUCUCUCUCCAGCCUGUGCUGGAUGCUGCCAUCCACACGCUAGGCGCGCACCCUACAGCUGCGCCGGCCGUGACAGACGCACGAAUCAAUUCCGAAGGGAGGGUAGUUGUGUCAUUAUCGAACGGCGAAGGCUACUCCUACUCGCCGUCUAUGUACACCUGGCAGCGCAUCUCCGAGGCCUGGUGGGCCGUCGGCAGCCAGUACUGGAACACGACCGACGCGCCGAUCGGCAACCUACAAGCCCGCGAUGCUCAACAAGAGAACAAGGACGCCAAGGCUGCCGUCUCUGCAGGAAUCAUUCCCUGGCUGGAGCGCAACACCACCAACGAAACGUUGCUCCGUGGCCGCGCAUACUUCCUUCAGCGCCUUAUCAAGGUCCUGUUAUCGCGCGAGGGCUACGAGACUUUUGAGUCGAGCGUUUCUAUUGCCCAUCUCGAGAACCGUCUGGCUGCGGCUCUGUCGUUGGGCGCUAAAGAAGAGUUCCGCUUAUAUUUGUCCAUGUACGCGAAACGUAUCGGCGCUGAGGGUCUCAAGCUGAAGGUUGAGGAGUUGUUGAAGGGCCUCAUCGGUGGUCUGUUCGAGGAUGACGAUGCUAGCGAUCCCGUUGCCAGGUUGCAGGCCAACGAGCGCGAGGGCCGCAACUGGCGCGAGGGUUCUGAGACGCUAUGUGGCUGGCCGCGGGAGACGUUAUUGAAAGAGGUCAUCCUUGCACUGGGUAAACACCGGGAUCUGCAGCGUGUUACUGUCCCCUAUGCCAAGCUCCUGGAUGUGGUCGACAGCACCUCGGAGCAUGGCGAUGCGAUGGACUCCUGA